GGGGAGAGCGUGACUCCGCGAGGCCGGCAGCCCAGGGUGGCCGUAGGGAGGAGCGCUCGCCUUUGGUCCGCGGUGCGCGUAUACGGGUUUAUCUGUAAAGGGAGAGGUUUUUUUCGGUCACGUUUUUAUGCAGGUGUUGUUAAAUCAGGAGCGUUUGGGUGCGUGGUUGCUGAGAUGCAGUUUUCAAAGGGUGCUUGGGAGGUCUGUGUCAGUAACAUCUCGUGCUGCAUCUGCACCAACUUGCUUGUGUAAUAAGGGCAAGAAGUCGACGUUGGUGUUGUGGCUACUUAUAGUUCAUUUCAACUUCGGUUUCCAGAGGUGUUCUGUAGUCACACGGAAUUCCUGCUCAUUUCCUGUGCUGCCGAUCAGAGAGCAAUUUGCGUGAGGUUGGCAUGGUGUUUGGAAUUGCCAGCAUGAGCUGAUAUUUACAGUUAGUGUAUUUUAAAAUUUUAUCAUGUUUUUGAUCAGUUUGAACUGAAACUUUGUCAGUUUUCUUUUUUUUUUGUAGAAGGUGGCCUACAGGAGAUGUAGGAAGGAGUCACAUCUGUACAGAGGAGAUCUGGCAGCAUUUAGUGUGUUUUACUUAUCUCUGAAAGUAUUUGUCAGAAAACUCAAGUUGUUUUUCUUUCCUCCGACUUUUUUUUCUAUUCACUUUAUGUGGCUGAAAGAUAAGGUAAUUGGAUUCUGUUUGUUUUUCUGGUGGAUGUUCUGCUUAAAUGCAUCUGUUUAUCUUACCGUCUAGCCUACAGUUUCUGCUUUGGUCAUGGUUAUGCAGCUCUGUAUUUACAUAUAGAUGUCAAUAUUUAAGGGUACUUUGUGUUAGCUAAGUACAAGUGCAAUUUCAAGUAAGGGUUAGGAGAGGAAAUAAGGGAUGGUGAAAGAGAGGCAAUCAGGAGGAAAACACUAGCUAUUAUGAAUCAGCAUUGCCUGAAUUUGAUUAAGCUGGGAUGAGAACAGCUGUGGUGAGUAUCCCUGAGGUCCAGCUAGACCAAUAGUGCCUCUGAGAGUAGCAGAUGUUUGGAGAAAAACAAUUAAAAACAAGAAUCUGUUUUCUCCUCGGAUCUCCUCUGAGCUCCCAGCAUGCCAAGGCUCAGAUACUUCCUGAGCUAGAGUUUGGUGGCUUGGAUUCUUUGCAUGUCUUUUUUUUUGUUGCCUUCUGUAUGCUUUUCUACUGUCAGUUUGUCUGAUGGGUUUUGAGCAAGUAAGCAGGAGAUAGCUGGAGAAUGGAAUAGGUGAAAUGGAGUUUGUGGAAAGGAGAUGGGAGAAGCUUUUCCAAGCCGACAGGAGAAGGGAUGGCAGAAAGUGAAGUGCUUAAGUAGUUAGUGUCAGCUUCUUCUUUGGAUAAGACUGAGGGAGAAGUAUUUGAAAAAUGGGGGGAAAAAAAAAGGGGAAGUGAAUUUCCUUCUCAGUGGAUUUUGAAAAACGGAAUUGUUUAUCUUGCUAAUUCAAUGUUCUCAUGAAACAAUCGAAAAGAAAAGUUGUGGUUGUUCUUAAACAACUUCUGCUUGCCUUCAUUUCGUACUCUGAAUUCAGUAUUUUUUUCCGAGACCUAAUAAAAAAGGUAUUUAAAUAUAAAAACAAACAGUAAAUACCUAAGUUUAUAGUUUUGAUCUGUUAGGUAAAUCCUCUGAAGUUUUAAAUAUGUGAUGGUGUUUUUUAGAUGGCAUGCUGAAUUAAAGCCCUGUGUCCUAUUUACCUUGUUAAAACCAAUGUCAUCUGUUGGUAAAUUUUUGGUUAAUUUAAAUGGGGAAUACUGUCUCCCUUUCAUUAUAGUCAUCUGCUUAAAUGUCUCUGGUUAAAGAGCGUCUUUUCCUUCUGCAGCAGGUGGCGGUUGGAAUAACUGGGGGGUUGGCGUCUGGGAAGGUGGCGUGGUCAUAACCAUGGGGCUCUUAGCUUGCUUUGCCCAGCUCACAUUCAGCAGUGAGGUAUUCCUGCUGUUUACAUGUACUCUUAGCAAGAACUGCAUGGCCACAAGGUAGAGGCAGAAGUGAUUUAGUGAAGUCUGGCUUAUCCUUGAUUACUGUUAGAUUGUUUAAUUGCUGAAGAACUCUGGAAACUAUUGAGUUAGCUGUGAAGGGGUGAUUCAGGGGAGAGCCUAGGAAAUAUCUGUCCUGCUGUGGAAUUUGAGCAGUGAAGAAUGUGAACUCCUUCCGGUCAUGUUGAGAGGGACAGUACAGUGGCUGUUACUGCAGGCUCUAUUAACUGUCAACUUUGCUUGCUAAUUUUCUGUAAAACUAACCCUUCCAAGUCAGGUUGAGGCAGUUACUGUGUAUUUGAGGUUGAUGUGCAGUGCCAGGGUUGGGCUUUGUUCUGGACUAAAACGAAGAUGUUGGCAUAGAGUGACUGUGGACACUUAAUCUGUUUGUAUUCAUUCCUAACUUGGGAAACAGCCAAAAGCUGCUAUCAAGUGUUAUUUUUUUUUUGUCUGAACAAAUUUUGUCUGUCUCUGUAGUGUAGUAUUAAAUGUCUGCUUGAUGACAUCAUAAAAUGUUCUUGAUUUCUUUUAAAUUUUAGAAAAUAUUAAUACUGUGAUGACACAGAUCUGUGAUUCACCAGUAUCUUAUGCUGUAUUAAUUCUGUUGUGAGUUGGUUUUGUUUUUUAAAUAUGGUUUCUUCAGACUGUCAGAUGGAGCUAGUCUUUUACUAGUAGAUUGCUACUAGCAGAAUUUGGCGGAGUGUUAUGGGAAGAGCUUACUGUUACCUUUAUGAAAGAAACUACUAAAUGCCAUUUAAAGUGGGCAGCAAAAAGUAGUAGCUAGCCAAAACCAAACAUUUUGAAAGUGUUCUUUCCACAUCACUAUGGAGAAUGAUGUAUAGAAGAACUUAACUUUACAUCUCUAAGAUGCUUGACUUAGCUAUAGUUAAAAUGGCAAACUACUUUCAGAUUGCUUUCUCUGAAACAGCAGAGCUAAAAUUCAUUAAGCAAAGCAAUUGUGUUUCUUGGUGUUAUUUUAGUUUUGAUUUUGCCUUGGAAUGUAUUAAUGAUGGAACUUUCGGGGUUUGGGGGCAGCUUUAGCAAGUAUUUCCUGGAUACUUGGACAAAGAAUUGUUUGGUAUUUUUAAAGAUAAAAUGAUGAAUGCAAGUUAAAAUUCCAUAAUAAAGUAAGUACCAACUUGGGAGUCCUACAUAACCAUUUUUUUGUCAUGCUGGCACUAAGGAUGAUCUUUGCUGUGUUGACCUUUCAUGCACUUUUUCCCACUUACUAGCAAACUUGUCCUAUUAAAUAGACUUGGGAAGCUGGUGAUUGAGGUGGAAGCUGGUGAGCACUAGUGGUGAUAUUUCUGAUUAUUGGUAGGUGAUAAUACAAGAAAAAUCAAGAAUAUGUGAGCAAACCAGGACUCUUCUUCUUAGGCUUAUCUGAAUUGAGUUAAAUGAACUGGCAGCAUGGAAGAUGCAGAUGAAGCCUAUAGUGAAACAGUGUUUGUGCCUUAAGCUAGGAUUUUAGCUUGUCAGGAGGCAUGGAAACAGGCUGAUUCACCAGCUGCUUCUCCUGUAUGUCCUUCACUGAGUCAGUUCAGUUUGUUAUUCAGGUAUUAGAAUGUUAUUAACUUUUUGAAGCAAGCAGGAGUCUGGGUUUGUGGAAUGCUAUACAACUAGCUUGAAAACUGUGUAUAACUUCAACCAUAGUUGUGUUAACUUUACAUGCAGAGUAGUAUGAGAACUACUUCUGCUUUCUUAGGAAGAGAAGAAAGGGCAGAGAGCACAUAAAAUAUACAUUGUAUGUAUAAAAAUAUUAGUAUUUGUUAAGGCUUGCAGUUAUUUUUACUUUGUCGUUUGAUAGAAUAGUUGAAACAGUAUUUCUGAUAAUUGAGAUGCCCAUAGCUUUAAUACAUAUUUCUUUCAGGGAAAUGCAGAAUAUUGGUCAAACUCCUGUCUACAGAAAUAUGUAUACGUAGGUUGCUCUGAAAGUAAUGCUUCCUGUUUGUUUCCAUGGAAACUACAACAGAUAGGAAGAGCACAAUAACGCUAUUUUUCAACAUAGUUACCAGCAUUAGCUUUACAUUUUAGCCUGCAGUGAACAAGAGCCUGCAUGCUGUGCUCAGAAAUCGAUAUCAGCCGAGUGGUAUAGUGGGGUUCCUGGGUGCAGGCUGGGAGCUGCAUUUGUGUUUGAAGUGCAAUUAAUUGGCAGGCUCUUAAGGGAGACCUCUUUGGGGAAGCAAAUGUGUUCUUAGAAUUGUUUGACUCUGGUUUUGCUCAUGCAGAAUUAUGAUAACAAUGGUUUGGUCGUCUGAACAGUUCCUUAGAUUUGGUGUGCAUCCCGGGUGUUGCAGGUUACCUUUUCUACUUGUCAAAUUUAACUUGAAAUUCAGCAUCUGAAAAAUGCCAACUUAACUGCUGUCCUGCGUAGUACAGUCCAGAAAACCUUAGUACUCUUCACUUAAUCCGUUCCUACAAACUUUCAUGUUACUUUUAAUGCCCAGUGAUCUGUUGCUAAAUAAAUUCUUGGGUUUUUUUUUUCCUACCUCCUCAACCCCUUCAGAUCUCUGAACUCAGAGUGUGAGUCUUGUGUAAGCUGGACUCAGCUUGGAUUUACUUUAUCACCUUAAGUUGUCCAAAUUACUUUGUUUUGUAAGGGGGUAGGAAUGGAUUAUAUAUUACUUCUCCCUGCUUAGGUCACAAUGUGUAACUCUAAAUCAACACUUUUCUAAUAUUUAGAUGUGGAUAUCUGCUCAAAACAGAAGAGUGACUUCUGGCAGUUGUUUGCUGUAUUAUUAAGAUUGUUCCUGUUUCUGCCAAUGUUUAUUUUUGGAGUAGUUGUGUUACUUGUCAUAUUUGAAGCAGUAAUAAACCUUUAAGAAAAUACUCAGACCUCUUACCAAAUGAGAUGCAUGUGCUGUCUGUAUCAUAAAUGUUAUUUUAAAUGAAACAUGAAUAAGUUGUGCUUCAAUAGCAAUAGAAUAUGAAUGUUGACUGAAAUAUUAAUGAAUAUAUUAAACUUAAGACUCUGAAAUCUCUACUUUUUUUUUUGUUAUAAAAGGUGGUGUUGAAACACUAGUUUUGAAAGUGUGUCUCCAAGGUGGCGACAGACAAGGUUGCAGGAAAGCUGAGCUCUACUCUCUCAUGGGUGAAGAACACUGUAUCACACACCGUCAGUCAGAUGGCCAGUCAGGUGGCAAGUCCAUCUGCCUCCUUACACACUACAUCCUCCUCUACCACUCUGUCUACACCUGCAUUAUCGCCAUCCUCGCCAACACAGCUGAGUCCAGACGACCUAGAGUUACUGGCUAAACUUGAGGAGCAGAACAGGCUCCUGGAAACUGAUAGCAAAUCCUUGCGAUCAGUAAAUGGGUCAAGAAGAAAUAGUGGAUCUUCUCUUGUAUCUAGUUCAUCAGCUUCUAGCAAUCUCAGCCAUCUUGAAGAAGACUCGUGGAUCCUGUGGGGGAGAAUUGUGAAUGAAUGGGAAGAUGUACGGAAAAAGAAAGAAAAGCAAGUUAAGGAGCUUGUUCGAAAAGGGAUUCCUCAUCAUUUCAGAGCAAUUGUUUGGCAGCUUCUGUGUAGUGCUCAAAGCAUGCCAAUAAAGGAUCAGUAUGCAGAGCUUUUGAAAAUGACAUCUCCUUGUGAGAAACUAAUAAGAAGGGACAUUGCUAGAACGUAUCCUGAACAUGAUUUCUUUAAAGAGAAAGACAGCCUUGGGCAGGAGGUUUUAUUUAAUGUAAUGAAGGCUUAUUCUUUGGUGGAUCGUGAGGUUGGAUACUGUCAAGGAAGUGCUUUUAUUGUUGGAUUACUACUUAUGCAGAUGCCAGAAGAAGAAGCAUUUUGUGUGUUUGUUAAAUUAAUGCAAGAUUACAGACUACGAGAACUCUUUAAACCAAGCAUGGCUGAACUGGGCCUUUGUAUGUACCAGUUUGAAUGCAUGAUACAGGAGCACCUUCCUGAACUUUAUGUGCACUUUCAGUCUCAGAGUUUCCACACUUCUAUGUAUGCAUCAUCAUGGUUUUUAACUAUAUUUCUUACAACUUUUCCACUACCAAUUGCAACAAGAAUAUUUGAUAUCUUUAUGUCUGAGGGUUUAGAGAUAGUAUUUCGAGUAGGUUUAGCACUACUUCAGACAAACCAAGCAGAAUUACUGCAACUUGACAUGGAAGGGAUGUUACAGCACUUUCAAAAGGUCAUUCCACAUCAGUUUGACAGUGGUCCAGACAAAUUAAUCCAAGCAUCUUACCAAGUCAAAUACAAUGCAAAAAAGAUGAAAAAGUUAGAAAAGGAAUACACUACAAUAAAAACAAAAGAAAUGGAAGAACAAGUUGAAAUUAAAAGAUUGCGAACUGAAAAUAGGCUCUUAAAACAGCGCAUUGAAACAUUAGAAAAAGAAAGUGCUUCCUUGGCAGAUAGAUUGAUACAGGGACAAGUGACAAGGGCCCAGGAGGCUGAGGAAAACUACCUCAUAAAACGGGAGCUGGCCACCAUCAAACAGCAGAGUGAUGAGGCCAAUACUAAACUGGAGCAAGCUGAGAAUACCAUCAGGGAGCUCCAACAGCAGCAGCAAUGGCAUAAAUGCAGUUCACGAUACAGUGAAGACUUUGUGCUACAGCUGGAAAAAGAGCUGGUCCAAGCCAGGCUGAGUGAAGCAGAAUCCCAUUGUGCCCUGAAGGAGAUGCAAGAUAAAGUUCUAGAGAUGGAAAAGAGGAAUAGCUCUCUACCUGAUGAGGAAAAUGUUGCUAGACUACAAGAAGAACUGAUUGCAGUAAAGCUAAGAGAAGCAGAAGCUCUGAUGGGUCUCAAAGAACUAAGGCAGCAAGUCAAAGACUUGGAUGAGCACUGGCAGCGUCACCUAGCUCGCACCGCAGGGAGGUGGAAAGAUCCUCCAAGAAAAAACGCAGUGAAUGAACUACAGGAUGAGCUGAUGACAGUCCGACUGAGAGAAGCAGAAACUCAGGCUGAAUUGAAAGAAACCAAACAAAGAAUGAUGGAGAUGGAAGCACAGAGUCAGAUCAAGAAUAACCAUUUGCGAAGGGCAGAGCUGGAGAUUACCAGCCUGCAAGAAAAGGUACAGUAUCUUACUGCACAGAACAAAGGACUUCUUGCUCAGCUGAAUGAAGCAAAACGUAGACAAGCGGAGAUUGAAUGUAAGAGUAAAGAAGAAGUGAUGGCAGUGCGGCUCCGUGAGGCAGACCGCAUAGCAGCCGUGGCUGAACUCCAGCAGCAUAUUGCUGAAUUAGAAAUCCAGAAAGAAGAAGGGAAGAUUCAAGGGCAGCUUAAUAAAUCUGAUUCUAACCAGUAUAUCAGAGAACUGAAAGAUCAGAUAGCUGAGCUGCAUCAUGAGAUCAAAUGCCUAAAAGGACAGAGAGGCUUCUCAGACCAACCCACUUUUGAUGGGAUUCAUAUUGUCAACCAUUUCACAGGAGAUGAUGAGUCAUUUCAUUCUUCUGAUGAAGAUUUUAUAACUAACUCCAUACAGGAGAGUGGGGUAAACUUUCAUCUACACAGGAGAAUUGGUCAGAUGGCUUUGGAUCACACAGUUGUAGACAGCAGUGACAGUGAGACUGAAGAAAGCACCCUCCAGACUGGAAACUUGGACAAAAUGGUUUCCAAACAGAGGAGAAUGGAAUCUUACUCUACUACUGUGUGAUUAUCACUGUGACUAGCAUGUGAAGACUCUUGUGUUUCUUUAAGGAUUAAGUUGUCAGAUAAUUGAAGGUAUCGAGCAGUUGGUUUAGGUAACUAUUGGGUCUGGUCCGGCCUGUGAUAAAUAUACACAUGUACUGUCCAUCUGCCUUCUCUUUGCCAAUUCUUGCUAGUGACAUACCAUUGCCAUGAUGGGAAGAAGUUAAUGGAUGACAGUUCUGACAGUAUUACUGAAUGUUCCUUGUUUUAGAAACUGCAAAUAUAUAAUUUCUUUAAACGUAUAAGAACCCUUUUUGCUGUUCACAAGGAUGGGAAUUAAUUUCCUCAAAAGAAAUCGCUCUUGUGCAAUAUUUUAUGCUCUGAACAAAUGUGUAUGUUUUACAUCAUUAUCUAUUUGUGAUCAAGAUGGACUCAAACCAUCUGAUCAUGGCAUAUAUAUAUAUAUAAAAUGCUUCUCAAUUACUUCUGUUUUAAAGUUACCAAAUGCCCACAGAAGGCUUGAAAGAGGAGCCAUCAUCUAUACUACUUCAUAUAUAUAAGUACCGGUCACUGAUAUCAUAAAGGUGUUUUUCACCAUUUUCACUUAGAUUUAUGUGCAUCUGCUUUUGAUGUUGCUAAAUAAUACCUAGUCUGAAUAUAUUAACUACAAUAAUGUUUAUUUUGUACAUAUUUAUAUAACUGCACCAAGCUGAAAAUGUGUAUUAUACCAUUUUAUACGAGGAAUGUAAAUGUUGCAAUAUGACUGUCUCUCAUAUUUUACCUGGAAAAUGAAUUCUGUAUAUACACACUAGAAAUGAAUUGCUAAAUAAAAGCAAAACACUAACUUUACAUUUAGUUUUGGUCUAGCUACACUAACAGAUCUGUGUCUAACUGAAAUGCUUGUUCAAAACACUAUUGACUGAAAUCUUUUACCUUCAUAUGUAUGUAAUGAAAAUAAAUUUUUCACAAUUUAA